AUGAGUUUAGCAUUCGACGAAUAUGGACGCCCCUUCAUUAUUAUUAGGGAGCAACAGUCAAAGGAGCGCUUAAAGGGCAUUGAGGCACAUAGAUCGCAUAUUAUGGCAGCAAAGACCAUUGCCAAUAUCAUGAAAUCAUCGCUCGGACCAAAGGGCAUGGACAAGAUGAUCGUGUCACCCGACGGCGACGUCACCGUCACCAACGACGGUGCCACCAUCCUCGAGAACAUGCAGGUGGACAAUCAGAUUGGCAAGCUGUUGGUGCAGCUGUCCAAAUCGCAGGACGACGAGAUUGGCGACGGCACCACCGGUGUGGUCGUGCUGGCUGGCUCGCUGCUCGAGCAGGCUGAGUUCCUCAUCGAGAAGGGCAUCCAUCCUUGCCGUAUCUCCGAAGGCUACGAGACUGCCUGUCGCAUUGCCAUCGAGCAUCUCCAAACCAUCUCUGACACCAUCGAGUUCUCCAAGGAGAACCAAGAGCCACUCAUCAAGACUGCCAUGACUUGUCUUGGUUCAAAGAUUGUCAACCGUUUCCAUCGUCAAAUGUCAGAGAUUGCUGUUAGAGCUGUGCUGUCAGUUGCUGACCUCGAGAGAAAGGAUGUCAACUUUGAGAAUAUCAAGCUGGAGGGCAAGGAGGGCGGUACGCUCGAGGACACAAAGUUGAUCAAUGGUAUCAUCAUUGACAAGGGCUUCAGUCAUCCACAGAUGCCAACAGAGAUCAGAGACGCCAAGAUCUGUCUCUUGACCUGUCCAUUUGAACCACCCAAGCCAAAGACCAAGAACACAUUGGAGAUCACUAAUGCAGAGGACUUCAAGAAGCUUAGCGACCUUGAGAAGAAAUACUUUAUUGAUAUGGUUGAGAGAGUCAAGGCCACAGGUGCCAACUUGGUUCUCUGCCAGUGGGGCUUUGAUGAUGAGGCCAACCACUUGCUCUUGCAGAACGGCCUGCCCGCCGUACGUUGGGUCGGAGGUCUGGACCUCGAGAAGAUCGCAAUGGCCACUGGUGGCCGCAUCGUCGCCAGAUUCGAGGAUGUCAGCGCCGAGAAGCUCGGUCGCGCCGGCCUCGUCAAGGAGAUUGGCUUUGGCACCACCAAGGACACAUACCUCAGCAUUGAGGAGUGCCCCAACACCAACGCCGUCACGGUCUUUGUGCGCGGUGGCAACAAGAUGAUCGUCGAGGAGGCCAAGCGAAGCAUCCACGACGCUCUGUGCGUCACCCGCAACCUCAUCAGAGACAACAGGAUCGUCUACGGAGGUGGCAGUGCCGAGAUCAGCUGUGGACUCAAGAUCGCCUCCAAGGCCGACGAGAUCCCCACCAUCGAGCAGUACGCCGUUCGUGCCUUUGCCGACGCCCUCGACGCCAUCCCCAUGGCACUCGCUGAGAACAGUGGACUCGCUCCAAUCGAGACCCUUUCAACCAUCAAGGCACAACAGUUACAACAAAAGCUGUCCAUACUCGGUGUGGAUUGUAAUCAUAGAAAUACCAACAACAUGAAGGAACAAUUUGUAUUCGAUACACUUCCCGGCAAGACUCAGCAAUUCCUUCUGGCGAACCAAGUUGUAAAGAUGAUCCUCAAGAUUGAUGACAUUCUGAAGAUUGCCAACGAAGAAGAAUAA